AUGUGCUAACAGAGUCGCCUUCAGAACCUAGCUUGCAAGUUAGCUACGUAGCUACCUAGCUAGCUUAUUGCUAAUAACACAUAAACGGAUUACUCCGUUCGCAAGCUGGACAAAUAAUACCACUGUUUAAAAAUUAUUACUAAGAUACAGCUACUGUGAUACUAGGUAAUAACGGCAGCAAAAUGACGAACUGUGUUACUUUUCAAGACGAAUUAGCCUCUAUUAUGGAUGUGCUAGUUAAAGCGGCUGUUACAGAUAUUAGUAAACUUUUUGACAAUCGCUCUGCUUUUCUGCGCUUGGAAAUAUCCUAUCACCAAAAAGAAAACACGUCUCUGAAGAGGAAAUUGCAAUGGAUGGAAAAUGAAUUGAAAGCGGCCCGCCGUGGAAGGGGAACGAAAGCAGCACGACAAACCAUUGUUAAAAACCACCAGUCUGAUAGCACCAAGGAUGCAGCCGUGGAUGGGAGCUGGUCUGAAACUUUUUUAAUUAAGCAUGAAGAACUUAGGGAGGACCUGGAGAACACUGAUUCGCAGAGAAGACUGAAAAGUAGCCAGGAAGGCCCGUUGGAAUCACAGGAUUUCAACAAAGAUAAACGAGUGCUCCACACAGAAAGGCUGCGCAGCCAGGAGGACUGUGAAGCACAUUUCACGCCUACAACAGGCAUCAAGCAGUUCACAGACCAGCACUCAAUCCAAUUAGUAGGGAAAAAACUCAGUAAACUGGCAGGAGCCUGCAAGUCAGAGGAGGAGUAUUCUUGUACAGCCCAAAGACUCAGUCAGGCCACAUCUGAGCACAGUACCCUGAAUCAUCUGUUUCCUCAUUAUAUAAUGCAUGAGAGAGGAAGUCCACGGCAGUUGGUACAUCAGGCAAAAGAAACUGGUGAACCAGGUUACUCCGACACAAUAGACAAUGAUUCAACAGCUCAGUCAGCUCUGCUGGGGCCCCAUAUUACUGAGACCGUGACAAUUCCAGUUGGCUUAGGUAUGACAGAAAAUCUGACACAAAAAUCUGAAGUUUGCAAUCUAGAACCUGCUAAGAUUAAGGAUGAACUGGAGAUGCCUAUAUGCAGUGAUGAGGCAAGAAUGGAGGUAGUUGAGUUAUAUCCUGUUUGGUGUAGUGAAGACAAAGAGAGCAAAGGAAUGCAGCUGGAAAGUAACAGAAGUUUGAAAAACCUUCUGGAAGUGCAGCACCAAAUGUAUGCAGAGAAAAAUCAUGAACUAGUAGGUGGCCACAGCAGAAGACAGCUAAGUUUAGGUGUGGUACAUGAAAAAGAAUUCUUGCUGCAAAAUGACUUUUCCUCACUGAAAAGUAUUAGGAUCGACCAAAGGUCUGAUACAGACCGGCGUUUUAAUUGUACACACUGUGGGAAGGGUUUUACACAGCGAGGUCAUCUUAAGAUUCAUCAGCUCAUUCAUACAGGUGAAAAACCAUUUAGUUGUACUCAGUGCGGGAAGAGCUUCACUCAUGUCCAUGUACUCAAAAGACAUUUGAGUGUCCAUACCGGUCAUAGACCCUACACUUGCAGUCACUGUGGCAAAAGUUUCUCACUGCAGGACAGCCUAAGAAGACAUAAACGAAUCCACACUGGAGAGAAGCCGUACAUAUGCAUGUACUGCGGGAAACGCUUCACUCAGGGAAGCCACCUUAAAAUACAUCAGCUGAUUCACACUGGAGAGAAGCCGUUCAGCUGCACGCAGUGUGAGAAGAGUUUUACUCAGCUGCAUGUCCUCAAAAGGCACCUGAGUGUUCACACUGGUCAGAAACCAUAUAUUUGUGUACAAUGUGGGAAAAAGUUUACUCUACAAGACAGCCUGAAAAGACACCUGCGUGUCCAUAACGAAGGUAAAAUGGUAUUUCCCCAACAGUUACACGUCAAUCAAGAUUUACUGUCACAGGAUCUGCAAGCAGAUACAUAAGUUGUACAUUGAAGUUGCACAGUCCUAGCAAACUUACUGUUUGACAUGACAGGUUGGAUUUUGUCGUUGAACCUGUUGUGUGUAAUUAUUCACUUUCAUGGAUUUUUAAAAUGCUGAACAUUUCAGAGUGAAUUUCAAACAAAAAAAAAUGUAUGAUGAUUCCUGUAAUUCAUUGCAAAUAUUGCUGGACUUCAGUAAAAGGACAAUUGUAGCAUGUAUGUGAACCACGGUUUCAGACUGGAACAAUAAUAAAUAAUAAAAUAAAAUCUGUAUGACAUAAUAUUCUUA